CGGGGUCAGAAAAAGUCCCCAGCAAGAGAGCGCUGGGUCGGAGGAAGGGAAAAAUUGAGCUAGAGGAAUUCUCUGGUCCGUUUCUUCUGGCUGGUCAGGUACGAUGCUCCAGUUCCUGCUUUUCACCCUCUGCCUCUUCUCCAGGACCCAGCCGAUACUGCCAGUAGCCCUGGACCCCUGCUCCGCCUACAUUAGCCUGAACGAGCCGUGGAGAAACACAGACUACCAGCUGAAUGAGUCUCGGGCCACGCCGGCAUGCGACAACCACGUGGAUGGGGAGUGGUACCGCUUCACAGGCAUGGCAGGCGACGCCAUGCCCACGUUCUGCAUCCCGGAGAACCACUGCGGCACCCACGCGCCCGUCUGGCUCAACGGCAGCCACCCCCGAGAGGCGGACGGCAUCGUGCGACGCCAGGCCUGCGCCAGCUUCAACGACCACUGUUGUCUCUGGAACACCACCGUGGAAGUCAAGGCCUGCCCCGGGGGCUACUACGUCUACCGUCUGGCAAAGCCCAGGGUCUGCUUUCACGUCUACUGUGGCCAUUUCUACGACAUAUGUGAUGUGGUGGACUGCCACGGCAGCUGUUUAAACACUGGAGAAUGCAUGUGUUCUGCAGGCACCAUGCUGGGCCCCGACCGGCAAACUUGUCUCGAUGAAAAUGAGUGUGAACAUAAUAAUGGGGGCUGCAGUGAGAUCUGUGUUAACCUGAAGAAUUCUUUCCGCUGUGAGUGUGGCAUUGGACGUGUGCUGGGAAAAGAUGGCAAAACUUGUGAAGACAUCGAGGGGUGUCACAACAAUAACGGUGGCUGCAGUCAUACCUGCUUUAGCACCAAGGAAAGCUACUGGUGCGAAUGUCCCAGAGGGCUGGUCCUAUCCGAAGACAACCACACUUGCCAAGUCCCCGUGCUGUGCAAAUCCAACGCCAUCGAAGUGAACAUCCCCAAGGACCUGGUCGGGGGGCUGGAGCUCUUCCUGACCAACUCCUCCUGCAAGGGCACAUCUAACGGCACUCACGUGAACAUCUAUUUCACGCUUAAGUCGUGUGGCACCGUGGUUGACGUGGUGAACGAUAAGAUCAUCGCGAGCAAUCUGGUGACCGGGCUGCCCAAGCAGACCCCGGGCAGCAACGGGGAUAUCAUCAUCCGAACCAGCAAGCUGCUGAUCCCAAUCACCUGCGAAUUCCCCCGCCUCUACACCAUCUCCGAAGGAUAUGUGCCCCAUCUUCGCAACUCCCCGCUAGAAAUCAUGGGCCGCAGCCGGGGGACCUUCCCCUUCACCCUGGAGAUCUUCAAGGACAAAGAGUUUGACGAGCCCUACAGGGAGGCCUUGCCCACUCUUAAGCUGCGAGACUCCCUCUACUUCGGCAUCGAGCCGCUGGUGCACGUCAGUGGGCUGGAGACACUGGUGGAGAGCUGCUUUGCCACCCCCACGGCCAAGAUUGACGAGAUCCUCAAGUAUUACCUCAUCCAGGACGGCUGCGUCUCAGAUGACUCGGUAAAGCAAUACACUUCAAGGGAUCACCUGGCCAAGCACUUCCAGGUCCCUGUCUUCAAGUUUGUGGGCAAAGACCAUAAGGAGGUGUUUCUGCACUGCCGGGUCCUUGUCUGCGGAACGCUGGAUGAACGCUCCCGCUGUGCCCAGGGCUGCCAUCGGCGGAUCCGCCGGGAAGCAACGGAGGAGGAAGAGGGCACGCACCUGCAGAACCGAAUCUUGACCGGUGGCCCCAUCAUCAUUGACAUGGAGGACUGAGAAGCUCCCCAUCCGACCCUGACUUAGAACCUCAGCCUCUAGGGACAAUUGGGAUGGCAUCCGGAAUAAAGCUCACCCGAGGUCCCGACUUCCUGCAGGAAAUGUUGGCUCCUCCUCCUGAUCUGCCCUGGGCAGAGCCCCACUACAGACUGGUAUGGCCUAGGCGGGGCCCUCGACUUUUGUUUCUGAAAAGAGCCGUCCAAUAAAAUCAUCUUCACCCCAA